AUGCAAUUUCCCACGCGUGUUUGUACAAUACGCACCUUCUUGGUCGCAUCUGGCAUCCUCUACACCUCGUCUGCUUUACAAAUCGUCUCGACGCCAGCUCUUCUCCGGAGAGACGAUUCCUCAUGCGCGGCAGUCGAUCCCAAACUACCCGGGAACUUCAAAUGCCCUUCUGGAAACAACUGUGUGUCCCUCGACAACUCAUCAUCAGCACUUUGCUGCCCGGAAUCAAGCUCGUGCGACAACAUUCAGACAGUAUCCUGUGAUAUCUCAUCUCAAAAUGCAACUGCGAAUCCUACAGCGGGAAUAUUCACAACGAGACUUGGAGACAAGUUGCCACAGUGUGGAGAUAAAUGCUGUCCGUUCGGAUAUUCCUGCAUUGAACAGCCAUCGGGGCCUUCCGUUUGCAGUAUCAUCCUGAGUACGAGCAUAGUGGGGAAGACGGAGCCAUCUUCUGGCAACGCAUCCCAGCCUUCCUCAGCAAGCUCUUCCGCUACGAGGUCAGCUACUUCGAGUACCUCGACCACUGGCUCGACUUCAACUUCAAAUCCAAGCAGUAUUAGUGCAUCGGCAGCUCAGGUUGGACCCUCAUGCAACAAAUUUCCCAUCGGGGUCUUCCUGGCCGGGUUCUUUCCUGGCAUGUUCAUUGGCGCUUUUCUGAUGCUGGCUUGGGUCAUAUGCAGCGGACGACAUCGAAAACCGAAGUCUCGAAACUCGUCGGGCUCAUCAAUAUACAAACCGACCAUCUCGGACCCCAUUCCCCUAGAUAGUGGUCUGAGGACGGACUUCCUUCGCAAAACCACCGAUCGAGCAAAGUCCAUGUUUUCCACAAGGAGCAACCGGAAUAGCCAACAAGCCGCGCCUAGUCACUGGAAGAUGCCCACACCGCCAGUACCCAACAAUAUUCCCACCGUCCCAGCGGGCCUACCCGUGACGCCGGAGCGGAGACUUGCGCAUGAGCUCAGUACGGAAAGCAUCAAAGUCUAUACUCCGCCAAGCGGCACAGUCCAGCAUCAUCCCAAUCCCGCUGCAAUCGCCCCACUGAGAGGCAUGGCUGCACAGCGAUUGCCGCUGGCAAACACAAACAACAUGGGCAGCCCAUUUCAAUCGCCUCCGAACAACAACACUAAUGGCUCUACCACGGUCAAUCGGAUGAGCAGCAAUCGAAGAAAUGAACGGGAUGUGAGCGUCUUCUCUAGUGUGUCCGAGUUUUCAGCCGAGAAUGAUGGGCCUACACUAACGCCGGCACGGUACAAUGGUGGCUUCAACCCAACACAGCGCAUGCGAUCCGAGAGCAGAGACGAAAUCAGCAGACCAAACACCACUUUUACAGAGAUGUUGCACGAAGCUGGAUUCCCUGAUCCCAUGCAAGCAGAAGAAAAACAUACCCCGGCUGUGCCGAAGAUACCAGAUGGUUAUGUGCGGGGGAACAAUCGGAUAUAA